AUGGCCCGCGAAAAGAGCAAAGCAUCGCCGGUGAAACUCGCACUCAACGAUGACCGAGGCGAAAAGGUCGCACGACUUCACUCGCGGCAAGCACUCCAGGAAAUCCAUAUGAACGAGAUACGCGCCGCCGCCAGUCCCAUCCGAAAGAUCAAUCAGCGAAGAUCGACAAAUGCGAACAGCAACAGCAGGACCAUGUCAGAGUCACCACGCACACCGCGAACGUCUGGUGUCGGGAUGGCACACAAGAGACUACCACAGCACCAGCGCAACCUGGGCCGAGAUAGCGACGUGGUGCCCGGGAGUACGGUCAGACCCAAGUGCGUGCCGAUCCUGGCGAACUUCGAGGAGUGGAUGAAGAUGGCCACGGACAACAAGAUCAAUGCGGCGAAUUCGUGGAAUUUUGCGCUGAUUGAUUACUUCCAUGACAUGAGUUUGCUGAAAGAGGGCGAUGGAGUCAAUUUCCAGAAAGCCAGCUGUACGCUUGAUGGGUGUGUCAAGAUCUAUACAAGCAGGGUGGACAGUGUGGCGACGGAGACAGGCCGAUUGCUCAGUGGGCUGGCAGACGGUGCUGGGUCCGAUGGAAAAAAGAAAAACAAAGGCGACGGUGCUGAUGAAGAGGAUGACGAUGAAGAUGGCGAAGAUGGGGAGGAAGGCGAAGAUGGGGAGGGGAAGAAAAAGGCAAAGAGGAAAGCUGCGAGGAGUCAUGAGGCCACACUCGCGCCGAGCUUUGCUUCGUUCCAGGGCAAGAAACUGGAACUGGAAUUUGCCGUCGACCCGUUGUUCAAGAAGGCGUCGGCCGACUUCGAUGAGGGAGGGGCUAAGGGCCUCUUGCUCAACCACUUGUCCAUCGAUUCUGACGGUCGCAUAGUCUUUGACAGUAGCGACGACGCAGGCGACGCGACACUUUCUGCCGAGAAACAUCCCUCACAAGAACAUGGUGAAGAUGACGAUGCCACGGAAAUGGGAGUCGCGAGCGCAGAGGCAGCAGCAGUCGAUGGAGAAGAGGUUGGUGCCGAAAACGACCAAGACGAAGAAAUCGAUCUCGCAGCCCUUGCCUCCAAGUUCUUUCCGGAUCUGGGGGUUUUGGAUUCACAAGACAUCUGUCCGUCAAUGAAAAUGUUCACUCUUGGCGAUGCUUCGGGAGAUCUUAGUAUCCCGUUUCUCAAAGCGCCCGACGACUGGCGAGAGCAGAAGAAAGCGGCCGCAACGCCGCAGCAUCCUACGAACAAUCCCAAUCUCAACCUAUCCGACCAGACCGGUAUCUUCCUGGACGGAAGUAAUGCGAUGGGAUUCGACGAUGACGACGACGAUGGUGGGUUGCUUGGUGGAUUUGAUGUCGCCGACAAUGUCGGGUUCGGCGAAGGGGGUGAAGCGUGGGCCAAAGAUGCUGCCGUUGAUGCACAGACACGGCUUGCUCGAGCCGAAGAUGUCGAUGACAACCUCAUAGAAGGUGACAAUGCGGGUGGUUAUGCUUUGGCGCUGCAGCACAAGUACCAAGAAGAUGCAGAGCACGAGUCGAUCAUGGCGUAUUUCGACAAAGCGUUCAACUCGCGAGCCAAAGGCAAGACGGCGUUCAUGACGCUCGAGAACUGGCGCAUGCAAAAGAUCCAAAAAGCACAACAGGGCGAGACAAGCGCCCCGACAAGGCAGAGAAAGGAGAAGGAGCCAUUCGAAAUCGACUUCUCCGGGCCGAUGUCGGAGUCCUUGAAAGAACUGCUCGAGGCGCCAGCAGUGCUUAACUCGCAGAUCAGCUUGCCCAAAGCACAAUGGAGGACGAAAGGCAGGAAUCUGCUGGACAAGGAUGACGAGGUAGUUGACCCGAGAAAACUCAUGUAUCUGUGGACGAAACCGAAAUGUCGAGUGGGCAGACGCAAGGGUGGCAUGGGAGUCAUUGACGAGGGCUUCGGUGCGAGAAACCGCUUGGGGACAGCGAAGGACGCAGAGGAUGACGAUGACGACGGCGAGGGCAGACAGGGAGACUACGAUGCCAACUUCUUCGCCGACGAUGAUCAAAUGCCCUUUUUCGACGGGCCUUUGCCCAUUGAUGAUGACGAGGACGAUGGCAUUGUCGACGGAGGUGACGACGGCGCUCAAGCAUUCAUGGAUGCGAGGGAGAUGCUCAGUCCUCAACCGGAAGGACAGCAACAGCAACAACCGUCCGACCUUUUUGGGCGGAUUGAGGCAGACGGAGACGGCCACGGCGACGGUGAAGGGUUACAGCACCCACCAGCAUUAGGCUUGCUGGCACCAUUGCAAAAUCAGAGCGAUCUACUCCCUGGCAGUUUCGGUAGCCAGCUUGUAACCCAGGCCGGCCGGAGAUUGCGGCCAGAGUAUGUCAACUACGCGCGGACGGCGAAGAAGGUCGAUGUCCGACGACUGAAGGAGAACAUGUGGAAGGGGAUGAGUCAGAAGCUGACAAGGAUCAACGUGUUCGGCAUGCCCGAUCAGUUGCAGAGCGGGACCGAACAGCAGCCGCCAAUACAGCCUCAGCCGGCCGUCGAUGAGGACGUCGAUAUGAUGGAUGUCGACGACAACGCUGCUGCCGCCGGUCCUGGAGCUGAAGGUGCAGAUGGGGAGGCAGGACAAGCAGAUGCCGCUGCCGUGGCCACAGUCGCCGGGCAAUCUGUGGAAACCCUCAGCUUCACAGACGUGAUCCAGGAUCUACGGUCCGUGUACCCAGAACAGCAGAUGAAAGACAUCAGCACAUCGUACUGCUUUAUUUGUCUGUUGCAUUUGGCCAACGAGAAGGGGUUGAUGCUCGAGGGCGACCGGGAGGGCGAAAAGGCGAUGCAAGAGAUCAAGGUGUGGAAGGACCCGAGUGUGGGAGAAGAGUAUGAGGGUGAAUGA